GCUCAUUUUUUUUUUCUAAUCCAAUGGUUAAUUGAACCACAAAAUUAAAAAAACAAAACAAAGAAAAAGAAGAGAGAAUAAUGUCUUUAGCAUAAUUCAUAUUAACUUUACUAUGUCUUUAUAGUUUUUAGCUCAGGCUUUUCUAUCAUAUGCAGCAAACUGCAUGAACUUCCAUUGAAUUAUAUACUUGAAUAAAGAUGGACGUGAAAAACUCUCUCCAAUUAACGACUACUUCCGGUGCCUAUGAUGAUGAUGGACGUCCGAAAAGAACCGGAAAUUUACAGAGUGCCGUGGCUCAUAUCAUAACCGCGGUUAUAGGUUCCGGUGUUUUGUCUUUGGCGUGGAGUAUUGCUCAAUUAGGAUGGAUUGGAGGGCCAAUUGCCUUGCUUUGUUGUGCAAUAGCUACAUAUGUUUCUUCAUGUCUUUUGGCUGAUUGUUACAGAAAUCCUGACUCUAUAACUGGGAAAAGAAACUACUCUUUUAUGGAUGCUGUUAGAGUAAAUCUUGGUGAGAAAAGGACAUAUGCAGUUGGUUUCCUUCAAAUUUUGAGCUUGUAUGUGACUAGUACUGCCUAUGUAAUUACAGCGGCAACAAGUAUGAGGGCUAUUAUGAGAUCGAAUUGUUAUCACGAGGAAGGGCAUCAUGCACCUUGUAAAUAUGGUGGUAAUGUGUAUAUGAUGUUGUUUGGACUAGUUCAGGUUGUAAUGUCAUUUAUACCAGAUCUCCAUAGCAUGGUAUGGGUUUCUGUUGUUGCUACAAUAAUGUCCUUUGCAUACUCGUCAAUUGGACUUGGACUUGGCUUAGCGACAAUCAUAAAAAACGGACGAUUUAUGGGAAGUAUGACAGGAGUACAGACUGCAAAUGUUACCGACAAAAUCUGGUUAAUCUUCCAGGCACUUGGUGACAUUAGCUUUUCCUAUCCAUACUCAAUGCUUUUUCUUGAGAUACAGGACACUCUAGAGUCUCCUCCAGCAGAGAAUAAAACGAUGAAAAAGGCCUCCAUGAUUUCAAUCUUCAUUACAACAUUCUUCUACCUAUGUUGCGGAGGCUUUGGAUAUGCAGCUUUUGGAGAUGGUACACCAGGAAAUCUCUUGACAGGGUUUGGGUUUUACGAGCCUUUCUGGCUUAUCGACUUUGCCAAUGUUUGCAUUAUCAUUCAUUUGGUUGGAGGAUAUCAGAUAUACAGUCAACCAAUAUAUAGUACUAUUGAUAGAUGGUGUUCAAGAAAAUUCCCUAAGAGUACCUUUGUGAAUGAUUUUCACAAAGUGAAACUUCCUCUAUUACCUGCUUUUAAGAUAAAUCUAUUCAGGUUCUGUUGUAGAACAAGCUAUGUGAUUUCAACCACUGGACUUGCAAUUUUAUUUCCUUACUUCAACCAAGUUCUAGGAGUAUUAGGAGGCAUAAAUUUCUGGCCAUUGGCUAUAUAUUUUCCAGUGGAAAUGUACUUUGUACAGAAGAAGAUUGAAGCUUGGAGUACACAAUGGAUUGUUCUCAGAUUAUUUAGCUUUGUUUGCUUUCUUGUCACAAUGAUGGGAUUUAUUGGGUCAUUUGAAGGAAUCAUACGUGCUAAACUUAGCUAGAAAAAAGGUUUAUGCACAUUAUCACUUACCAAUGGUUAUUCUAUUAUGUUACCUCAUCAAUCCGCAUAGUUUUAUAGUGACAUUCAAUAAAAAUUGUCUAAUAUUCUUUGUCA